GCUUCUUCUGGAGGUUGCGCGCCGAUUUGCGCUCGUCGCUUGUCACGAUGGCGCGGCGCAGGCUGCCGGACGCGCUCAAGGAGGGGCGAGCCGAGGUGCUGUCGCACGACCAGGAGAAGCUGCUGCGCCGCGAGGAGGCGGUGCAGCGGCAGCUCAACGCCGCGGUCGAGAGGUACGCCGCCGCGCUCGAGCUCUUCGACCAGUGGCGCGCGCAGGGCGUGAAGACCGCCGCCGAGCUCGAGCGGGCGCUGGGCGGCAAGUCCGAGCCCGAGCAGCUGGCGGAGCUGCGCCGCCAGAUCGAGAUGCGGACAGUCGGCUGUGGCUGGACGCACUUCGAGACCAAGUGGGGCUUCUUCUCCGACGAGCGCUCGCACAAGAUCGAGGACCUCAAGCGCAUGCUGCUCGACGACAUCUUGCCCUACGAGUUCCAGCUGCGGCGGCUCAAGAAGCUCCCGACCGAGGCGGCGCCUCCUCAGCUGCGGGUCCGCUCGAUCAAGACCCUGGGCACCGCCGACGCGGACGUGCUGCGCCUGGAGCAGCAGAGCAUCUUCAACGUCUCGAACCUCCUCCCGAAGGCGAAGGCCGCGCGGGAGCGGCGCGAGGCGGCGGGCAUCUCGGACAGCGUCGAGGUGCGGCAGGACCGCGAAGCCCCCCCCUUCGACACGCGACUCGUGGGCAAGUGGCUCGAGGUGUGCUGGCCAUACAAGGAGGAAGGUAGGACGGUCAAGAUCUGGGCCGCCGGCAGGGUGAAGCGCGUCGCGGACGGCCUCACCGACAAGAGGAGCCCGCGCGCACGCAAGAUCCUCCCGGCCGGCAUGCUGCUCUGGGCUUGGGACGCCGACCCCGAGUACGACGAGCCGGCGGGGGAGAGAUGGAUCGCCUUUCUUCCCGAGAAGUGGAACAGGCCCGUCUCAUAUGGGUGGCGGCUCGAUCCCCGCGAGCUGGGCGCCACCGGCCCGCCCCGCACGCCGCUCAUUGAAGAGGAGGAGGAGGAGGAGGCGCCGCGCGCGCGCCGGUGACCGAAAUUUGUCUGUCUUGAGACGGGUGUGGGCCCUCGUGUGGUCGGUCCCUGGAUGUAAGGGGCAUAGCUAUAGACUCCCCAUAGUGUCCACAGUCAGUGCUGAGCUUGCCGGGCUUGUAGUGCGACUUUCAAAAUUUACCAUUUCCCCC